AAACUGGAACACAAAGAAGUUUUGGUUGGCUUGUUGUUCCUGGUUUUCCCAUUCAUCCCAGCCAGCAACCUCUUCUUCAGGGUGGGAUUUGUGGUGGCAGAGCGAGUCCUUUACAUGCCGAGUAUGGGAUACUGCAUCCUUUUUGUCCAUGGUCUAAAAAAGCUGUCUACGUGGUUAAAUAAGUGGAGGAUUACUGUUCUGACCCUCUUUGCUUUACUGCUGCUGCUCUUCUCUUGGAAGACUGUGAAACAGAAUGAAAUCUGGCUGUCACGAGAAUCCCUUUUCAGCUCUGGAGUGAAGACCCUGCCCCACAACGCCAAGGUGCACUACAACUAUGCCAAUUUCCUGAAAGACCAGGGCCGUAACGUUGAGGCGAUCUACCACUACAAAACUGCUCUAAAACUGUACCCUCGUCACGCAAGUGCUCUCAACAACUUGGGGACAUUGACCAAAGACGUGGUGGAGGCAAAGGACUACUACAGACGGGCCCUUCAGUUAAACCCUCAGCACAAUCGAGCUCUCUUCAAUCUCGGCAACCUGCUCAA